GGGUGUUGGGGGUAUAACUAAAGUAUAAAAACCACGACCAUCAUCCAAAUCAUCACAGUUUCAAAUCUCCAAGUAUCAUCAUGCAAUCGAAGAUAAUCAUCUUUUUCGCUUUAGUAGCAAUAGCCGCAGCAGGAAGUAAUAACUCCAAAGAACAACCGGAUAAUUCAAAUGGAGCCAAAAAUAAGAGAGGAUUAAUAGAAUUCGGAUAUGGAUAUGGUUUCGAUUCUACACCUGACUUUGAAUACAUCUAUCCUCCUUAUUCUCCAGAAGUAACUGCUGGACUUCAGUCAAUUAUUACAAAAGAAGUUUCUCUACCUUUAGUGCAUCAAUCACUGACUCUUCCUGUUAAAAAAUACGUUCAAGUACCGCCAUAUACAAAAACUGUUGAUCAUGUCUACUCUGCCGAGGUACCAAAAACUCCAAUUGUGAUAAAACUUGCUCAACCCUAUUCAGUGUCAUAUCUCAAACAUGUACCUUCACAAGUCUCUACAUACAUUGCUGCUCCAUCGGCAUCAUCUCCAAAUGUUUACGAAAAAUAUUCUAAUCUCAACAAACAUUCAACGUGGUAA